UUCAAGUACACAAGGAUGAGAAUGGAGAACUUAAUGAUUUUGCAGUUGUUUCUUCUGAUCUGCUCUUUUUCUGCAGCUCUGCUUCAGUCAGACUCAGAGAAUGAAAUCACUUCACAUUCAAGGCAAACUGUAUCACAGACAGGAGAGACAGAAAAUCUCUCUGACCCCCAACAAAGAUGUACACAAGACAUCAAUGCUGUUCUGAGAGAGAUGAGUGCCUCUUUGGGUGGACUAAAGGUUGGCAUGGAGUACUUACAGAAGGAUAAUGAAGCUAAGACAACAGAAAUAGAGUUGUUGAAAGAACAGUACCAAGUACAAGUAGCAAAAUUAAGAAUGCUGGAGCAGCAGUACCAAGAUAAAUUUACAGCGCAGGCAGAAGAACUGAUCUCUGUUAAAGCCAGGGCAAACAACACUGAGGUCCAACUGGAGGGGCUAAGGACGGAAGGAAAAGAGAAACGAGUGGCUUUCUCUGCUUCCCUGCUGGCCUCAGGAUCAGGACAUAUCGGACCAUUUAACACACAGAGACCUCUAGUCUUCAGGAAUGUUGUUGCAAAUAUUGGCAAUGCCUACAACCCAAACACAGGUUUUUUCAUUGCACCUGUGAAAGGAGCCUAUCACUUUGAAUUCCACUUGUUUGGACAUGGACAUGCGUCACAUCCUACAGGUGCUGUGUUGGUCAAGAAUGGAGAUCCUGUUUUCAUUGCAUAUGAGCAUCAGGCUUCUUAUUCUGUUAACCCAUCAAAUGGAGUCACAUUGCUGUUAGAGAUUGGAGAUGUUGUAUUAUUGCAUCAGUGGCAAAAUACAAGAAUUUAUGACAGUCAAAAUCAUCAUAACACCUUUAGUGGUCAUUUGCUUUUCACUAUGUGAUCAGAGAACAGUCUUGUUCUAUACUGUACUAAAAUGCCACUGGAGUGCAUCACAAUGUAUACAUGAUUCUAAUUUCCAUAACAGAAUAAUCGUUUUUUUUUUUUUUUACUAUAAAAAGUCUACCUUCACUUGAAAAAUAUAAUUUUUUGGUUUCUUACGAUGUAGGACUAUCAUCUUGGCCAGUGGCAACAAAGUUCUUGUUUUAUAUUGUUAUAAAAUACGAGACAAAUCCAUAAAAAUGUUUCUUAUAACUAGAUACGAUAUCUUUUUUACUGUAAAACUCUUAAUAGUUUUUAGAUGUCUCAAUUUGAAAAUGGAAUUCCGUUCUGUAAAAUGAAGGACUUUCAUUUUGUGCUUUUGAAACAUUGUAGGAAAAUGCUGUUCUCAGAUUAAAAUUGUUUAUUGUAUAAAUGUCUAAAAAAUUAUGUUUUAUUGUUUUUAUUGAAAAAGUUUCAAAAUACUUGUAGAACAGUACAAAAUACCACACAUUAUUUGAAGAUAAUAACGCACAAAUAA